UCCGCGUCUCACUGUCAUGCGCAGCGGCGGCACUGCCAUGUUGGAUCGAAAGCUCGGUGCUCAGGAGUUCAGAUGAAAGUUUAGAGUCUCAAGACGACGUUGGACACGCAAAAGAGGAUCGCGUUUUAUUUCUGGGACGCAAGACCUCUCUCAAACCAGCCCCGGCCGAAACACACAGGUCUGAUUAUGAGAGCCUCCGGAUCCGAGCUGCGGUGAUCAGAGAUCAAUGAACGCAUAUUUUCUGUUUAACACUUCCUGAUCACAAGUUCACGCCAACGGAUUGUCAAAAAUGAGCGGUCCACCUUCGAACAGGAGGCCUACGAGCAAUGUCGGCUCCAUUCUUCUCACCCAGCAAGAAAACGAAGUGCUCUUCAACCAUCUGGGCAGGAAAUGCACCAGUUUGAGCUCAGCGGUGGUGCAGGUCUAUGGAGCUGACAGGAACUCGUCCUGGGUGAAGAAGUGCUGCGGGGUGGCCUGUCUGGUGAAAGACAAUCCUCAGAGAUCUUACUUUAUCAGGGUGUUCGAUAUGAAAGAUGGAAGACAGUUGUUUAAUCAAGAGCUCUACAACAACUUUUCAGUGAACUGCUCCAGGCCAUACUUCAUCACAUUUCCUGGAGAUACGUGCCAGAUCGGUCUGAACUUUGCCAGCGAGGAGGAAGCCAGGCGCUUCAGGUCUGCAGCCAAUGAACUUCAGAAUAGAAGAGGGAGGAAAACGGAAAAAAGACGUGACCCACCUAAUGGACCCUCAGGACCUUCGGGACCAACACUUCCAAUGGCGACGGUGGACAUCAAGAACCCCGAAAUCAACAACCAGCGUUAUCAAAACAACACUCAAAUGAACAACAUUAAUCUCCACAGCAACUUCAACAGAAAAGACAAAAGCAAAGGCAAGAACAAGAAGAAGAAAAUAUCCAAAGCUGAGAUCGGCACCCCGAGCAAUUUCCGGCAUGUAGGCCAUGUCGGCUGGGAUCCCAACACAGGCUUUGACUUGAAUAAUCUGGACCCGGAGCUCAAGAACCUGUUUGACAUGUGUGGCAUUUCCGAGGCCCAGCUCAAAGACAAAGAGACGUCUAAAGACAUCUACGAAUUCAUUGAGCAGAGAGGAGGAGUAGAGGCCGUCAAAAAUGAGUUACGAAGACAAGCACCUCCACCUCCACCAUCCAGAGGAGGGCCUCCUCCUCCACCUCCUCAUAACUCUGGUCCUCCUCCCCCACCUCCCUCCAGAGGCCGAGGAGCACCGCCUCCACCGCCUCCAUCCAGAGUGCCCACCUCCGCUCCUCCUCCACCUCCUCCCCCCUCCCGACCAGGUAUGGGCGCACCUCCACCUCCUCCCCCCAGCAGAGGUCCCGGGGCGGCUCCUCCUCCACCUCCUCCACCCCAGCCUGCCUCCCUGUCUCCUCUGGCUCCUCCACCUCCUCUUCCUUCUUCAGUGGGCGGAGCACCUCCUCCACCGCCGCCGCCGCCUCCAGGACCCCCUCCUCCCGCACCUCCUCCUCUACCGGACGGGGAUUUAGGAGAAGCACCGGGGGGUAAAUCUGCACUCCUGAACCAAAUUCGAGAAGGAGCACAGCUGAAGAAAGUGGACCAAAACAACAAGCCGCCCGUGUCCGGAGGCGGCCGUGACGCACUCUUAGACCAAAUACGACAGGGCAUUCAGCUUAAAAAUGUAACGGACGCUACGGACUCCACUCCCUCCACCCCUGCCCCUUCCGCUGGGAUCGUGGGGGCGCUGAUGGAGGUCAUGCAGAAGAGGAGCAAAGCGAUCCACUCUUCAGAUGAAGACGAUGACGAUGACGAUGUAGAAGACUUUGAGGAUGAAGAUGAGUGGGAUGACUGAUGACCAGGGCUGCCCAAAAGAAUAAGACACUACAUUGCUCUUGACAUUCGAAAUCUUAUAAAUUGUAAUGUAAAUGGACGACCGAUUUGCUGUACAUUUUUGUUGCCUUUUCGCUUUUUUUUUUUUUUUUUUUUUUUUUUUUUUUUUUUUUUUUAUUAAUCUGUGCAAUACCUCGUUUAAUCUGUAAAGGUUUGUCAUGCAUCUCCUGUAAAGGUUUUAUUUCCCUCUCCUGGAUUCACGUGCAAUUUGCAAGUUGUCACGAUUUGUAGAGUUGAAUGUUUUUGGGUCUUUCCGUUUCGUUUUUUUUUUUUUUCUUCUUUUCGUCAUUCUUUUAAACGAGCGUCGACUCUAAGGAACAAGAUGAGCGAGUCUUAAAAUACUAAUAUAGGGACUCGAAGCGAGAACACUAUUUUCAUACUUUUCUCUUAUCUUUUCUUAUUUAGCACAUAGUUUAGCGCUGUUAUUUUCUUAAAAACCAUAUUUAGCCCCAUUGCUAAUUUGUGAAUUUGCUCAGAGUUUGAGGCGGUUUCUAUUUUUGCACGAAUCAAAAAGAAAAAAAGUUGGGAAACGGCACAACACGGCGGUAAUGUUUACACAUUGUGUGCUUAUAGCUACUAUGUCAGGACUCUCCUUAACAUUAGAUGUGAGAAACACUACAGUUAUUAGAAAUAACCUAUUUGCAUUUUACUGGCAUUACAACAAAUUUCAUGGGCACUUGUUUUUUUUGGUUUAAUGUUCAUGCGUGCCAUUGGGUGAACAAAAAAAAAAAUCCUGAAAUGGACGUUUCAUACGUUCUCAAUGUUUUACUAAUAAUACACUGUGAUGCUGUACUAAUUCAAAAAGAGGCAGUGGGUCGGAUCGUAUACUUUCACUGUUUUUAACAGUGCUAUAAAGCAAAACGUACGUUUUUCCAGUUUUUGUCCUUUGUUCAACCAGGGUUGCUCUGCAUUGAGACUUGAAACCUUUGAAAUGAGGUUGAAAAAGAAUUAUUAAAAUUGUACACUCGAAUAAAUGUUAAUAUUUACAGAA